GCGGCGACCCAAAUUGCCUGCAGCAAAGACGAACCAAGGACUCAUGGGGCAUGGGAAGCGCUGGGCCGACGACGAAGACGACCAGCUCUGCCAGGCUGUGCAGACCAUCUCGCAGGACGAGACCGACGAUCUCCUGCGCGGCCCGGCGUACUGGGCGCGCGUAACCGCGCACCUCGCGUCGCUUGCGGCGUCGGGCAAGACGGACCGCACACCGUGCGCGGUCGAGAACCGCUGGAAGGUACUGUCGGCGCCGUCGCUCUGGGUGCUUGAGCGCGACUCUGACGACGGCGUCGCGACGUCCAAGUGCACGGUGUGCGGCGAAGUCAUCUUUGACGGCGGCGCCAAGAAGCUCGAUGACGCCAUCAACGUCCACCGCAUGCGCAGGACCCACAAAAUGGCGACGGCCGCGUACCUUUUGGAGCAAAAGGCGGCCAUCGCGAGUGCGAAGAAGCGCCCGGCGACCGUGACUGCCGACGACGACGACGACAAAGCUGACGGACACCACACGGCCAAGAAGGCCCGCGCCGAGCAUGCCGAGACCAACUUGGUGCAAAAGCGCACUGACUACUUGUCCUGGGACGACUAUUUCAUGAGCGUCGCCUUCCUGAGUGCGAUGCGGUCCAAAGAUCCGUCGACCCAAGUUGGCGCCUGCAUUGUCAACAGCGAAAAGAAGAUUGUCGGCAUCGGCUACAACGGAUUUCCCAACGGCUGCGACGACGACGAGCUGCCGUGGGCGCGAUCCGCCGCGUCGCCACUCGACACCAAAUACCCCUAUGUUUGUCAUGCGGAAAUGAAUGCGAUUCUCAACAAAAAUUCCUCGAGCGUGCACGGCUGCACGAUUUACGUGGCGCUCUUCCCUUGUAACGAAUGCGCCAAACUCAUCAUCCAAAGUGGCAUCAAGAAUGUCAUUUACUACUCGGACAAGUACAAGGAUGACUGGAAGUUUGAGGCGUCGCGCCGACUCCUCGAUAUGGCCAAAGUGACCUACCGCCAGCACGAAAUGUCGACAACGAGUCUCACGAUUGACUUCACCGCCGUGCGAUAGAAUAACGUAGUCGGCCGGCGCGAGCUUGUUGCCAUAAAAAAUCGUUGUCGGAUGACCUCGUUAUCUGCGCGUUCCCGCUUCCUGUAGUCGACAACAUAUUGACACGCUCAUUCCCAC